AUGAAGACACGCACCGCCACCAAGAAGGACAUACCUGCUGUGACAGACGUCAUCCUCGCGGCCAUCAACAACGAUCGCCUCUGGGCCAAGUUCGUGCCGUCCAAGACCACCCAGGACAAUGGGUACGUGCAGGAGAUUGUCAACUUGCUCCUGGAGCACGCCGAUUCCGCCAACAAAGACUGGGAGGUGCAGGUCGUCGAUCUCGCCAGCAGCAAGAACAGCAAAGACACGGGUGACGCCAGCGAGAUUGUGGCCGUCGCCAUCUGGGAUGUUUCGAGCAUGGCAGAUACCAAAGAGACAAAGCCCCCCGCAGUGCAUACGGAUCUGAGUGAUUCUCGCACACAGGCGAUCGUGUCGCUGCUCAAGCAGGCCAAGACGGAUUGCUUCAAAGACUAUCCUCAGCAUCGCUACCUGCAGCUUCUGGCUACCCAUCCGCGCCACCAGAACCAAGGCUACGCUACCGACCUCGUCAAGGCUGGCAUGACCGAGGCGAAAAAGGCGGGCGGCGUCUUGACGGCUGUCGCCGGGCCUCUCGGUUACAUCCUCUUUUCUGGCUUUGGCUUCCAUGACAUUGGGAGCGUGACGCUGCCGCCCAGCAGCGCUACGGAUACGCAGGCGGUUAAAGCCAUGGUGCUGGUGGUCCCCAAGGAGGAGAGGCGGCGUAGCUUUGUGGAUUCGUUGAUUGACUACGUGUCCAACUAG